CAUGGCGGCGCGGAGGAUGAGACCUGCGAGCUGAAAACAAUGUCAGGCCCGGGAGCCUAGUGUCAACCACGGAGCUAUGACUUCUCUGGGGUCGGUGUUCGCGUCCGAGAAGCGACUAGCCGACUACUUUGUCGUGUGCGGCCUAGACCUCGAAUCGGGACUCGAACCUGACGCCCUUUCGGGUGACCAUCUACAUUUUACGCCGUUGGACCGUUGCUACAAGGGCAAGGUUUUAGCGCACUACCCUGAGAAUGUCUCCUGGAACCCAUUCGACCCCAGUGCCAUUGGCAUGCUCAGCCUGCCGCACGGAUUGUCCUUCCGGACACAGAAGCAUUCCCGCGAACCUUUCUUCCACCCGUUCGUCAUCACGCGGGAGGACGGCUCACGGACUUAUGGCCAGGCACUCACCUUCUAUGAGGAGGUCACCGACCGGCAAAUCUGCUCAGCCAUGCAGACAUUACAGGCAAUGCACCUGACAGAACUGAGCUCAAACGGGAACAAGGCACCACUGCCACGUACAGCAGCGAUCAAGACGGAGGCCCCUGUGUCAAGGUCACUCCCAAGGUCUUUUCGGCUCAUGACAACGUCGAGGUCGACAGACUCGAGCGGGGGAGCCCUGUACGACAUAACCAAGGACACACUGUACGUGAGCAAGGUGAUCUGCCUGGUGACCCCACUGCCGUUGGUCAGCGCAUGCCGGACGAUACUGCAAAAGCUGCUGUCGCUGGUACAGGGGCGCGAUUCUCCGCCGCUGCCCCUGGAGAGCUACGUGUACAACCUGUUGUACGAGCUGCCCUUGCCUCCGCCAGGGCGUUCACUGCGCCUCAGCUAUCUCUACCAGGACUACGUUUGCCAGAGGCCAGGAACGGGGGAGCUACCUUUCUUUGACUACUCGUUCCGGGAGCUCUUUGCAAUACUGGGCCUGGAGAAUUGCGUCCAGCUCUUCACCAGCGUGUGUUUUGAGAACCAGAUCCUCCUCUGCUCCGAAGACUAUUAUCGGCUGAUGCUCGUGGCGGAGUGCGUGACGAGCCUGCUGUUGCCAUUCCAGUGGCAGCACGUAUAUGUGCCUAUCCUGCCCCACUCGCUACACCACUUCCUAGAUGCGCCGGUGCCUUUUCUGAUGGGGCUGAAGCAUGUCUGCGGCGGUGAGGAGGGCGAUGCCAUCUGUCCGGGCGAGGCCAACCUGUGCCUAGUGGACAUCGAUGGCUGCAGUGUACAAGUGCCCGAAGACCUGCCCAGCUUUCCCAACAAGCAGGAGCUGAUUGCCGAACUGCAGGAGCUGCUCACGCAGUUUGGUGUUAGGACACCGGGCGGCUCGUCGUCCCUCAUCACAUCCUCGGCGCCAAACGUGGCGGCAUCUGCAACGCUAGGUCGCAACCUCAACGACCGGCCAUUCCCUCGUCGGAAACACUCAUGGAGCCUGGAGAGCGGGGACUCCGGGGUGAGCAGCACGGGUAGCAGUGCGCGGAGCUCCUUCACGAGUUUGGGCUCGCCGUCGCCUCUCUUGCAGCACAGUGAGGCGUUCCAGCGCAUCACAGCUGUCGCCAAAAGAGCCGGCGUGAUGAACUCCCUCGAAGACCUGCGCCGUCCCCGCUGUCAGGACAACAGCGAGGGCAAGCUCAGUCUGCUUCGGCAGCCGCAACAGCAUGCCUCAGCCGCCGUGGCAGACCGCCACCCGCAGCUGGAGGAGCUGCGGCUGAACAACGCCGUGCGCGAGAUCUUCUUCAACCGCUUCUUGCACAUGUUCCGCUCGUACGACCAUUUCGUCAUCCAGCCCAACCAGAAAGAUAUGGAGCAGUGGCUGGCAUCGCGAGACACCGUGCACAACUUCGACAAGACGACAUUCCUGUCGGACCAGCCCGAGCCGCAUCUACCAUUCCUGUCGCGCUUCAUUGAGACGCAGAUGUUUGCCAGCUUCAUCGACAGCAAGAUCCUCUCGCUGUGGGAAGAGCCCGAUUCGUGCCUCAAGAUCUUCGACAACCGGAUAAAACUGCUUCGCAAUCAUUCCAGUGAGCCCAUCAUCAACCGCUAUGAAUGCUGCACCGUGUACAAAGAAACAGAAUUGCCCAUCGAGAGCCGGCUGUCGGCACCGGAUUUGGUGGCACCAGUACCGAAGAUUGUGGACCCCACUGUGGAUCUCCCGGGGCGCCGGAACCACCGGCCAGGGGUCUUUCCUCCGCUGGAGUGUGGCGUGCUGAACCGAGAGCCAGUGCAGUCCAAGGUCAAAAAACGCGCGCAUGCCCAGUUUCGUAGGAAAGACCGCUCCAUCCAACAGGCUGAGCACUUGAAGCUCACAGCCGAGCAGAGAGAGAUCAUUCUCAAAUCUGCCUGUGUUGGCACGAAAUCGAAGCAUGCACAAUUGUGGCAAUACCAAAAGUACAUGAACGAAGCACGGGCCAAGCACAUGAAGCAACCGAAAUUCAGUGACACAGCAUCGGCUGCGGUCAUUGCACAGACCAAUUGGAAAUUUGUGGAGGCGCUGCUCAUGGAGUGCAAGACCAGGACGAAGCGAAUGCUGGUCGAGAAGAUGGGAGUCGAGGCCGUUGAGCUGGGCCACGCCGAUGCCAGCAUCACGGGUCUCGAGGAGAACACGCUACUGGCGUCGUUCUGCGACCUCCUUGAACGCAUCUGGUCACAUGGCCUGCAGGCCAAGCAGGGCAAGUCAGCGCUGUGGUCUCACCUGCUCAACUAUUUGGAGGUCGAAGAGUGUCGGUCCAGCGGCAAACCGAUCGAUCGGAACUUUUUGACUCCAGCCCUUGCUUGGUGCGUCUUGCGGAGGCGAAUCGACUGUAUUGCGAGCCCAAGUCCCAAGAGUUUUGGUUUCCCCGAAAUUAUCUUCUCCCUUAAGUCGGGUGCCCUAAACGCCGUUACGAAACAUCUGGCCAACCUGGACCUCUCGAACCUGGUGCCAGACGAGAUGCCGGCGUCGCGGGGCAGGGAAGCCAAGGAGCGGAGUCGUCGGGUCAGGCCGCCGGACCUGCCCGGCCUCAAGCCGCUUCCUGUCUCCCUCUUGAUGGACGUCAAGACGGUGCAGGCAAUGACAGAGGUCAAAACAGACAUUGGCUUCGCUCGGGCUUGGGUUCGCCUGGCCCUGGAAAAGAAGCUGCUGUCCAAGCACCUCAAGAAGCUACUCUCUAAUCAGGAGCUGCUCAGGAGUUCCUACAAGCGGUACGCUUUCUUGCGGUGUGAAGACGAGAAAGAGCAGUUCCUCUACUACCUCCUCACGCUCAAUGCUGUUGACUACAAGUGCUUCACCAAUACUUACACGGCCACAGAGAUGCCGUAUCGGGUCGUCGUGUUCCCGAGCCGCAAGCUGAGUGCCUCGACGACGUCGGCCAACGCCUGGGUCAGCGUUUCGGGCACCAUGGGCACCACGGGCGUCAUCCCGGUGCCCAAGCAGUCGCUCGAGUUUGUCUGUCACCACAAAAACCUCGGUCUGCUCACGACGCUACGGAUCGGCCACGACAACACGGGCCUCUCCCCCAAGUGGAUGAUCGAGCACGUAGUGGUCCGCAACGAUGUCACGGGACACACCUACAAGUUCCCUUGUGGUCGGUGGUUGGGCAGAGGCAUCGAUGAUGGCAGUACGGAGAGACUCCUAGUUGCAGAGCUGGUUCCUGCAGACAUCGACAAUGAAGAGCUGAUGGAAGCCUGUCGAACACCUCCGCGGUGCCGGUCUCCCAGCGUUCCAAGAAGGCCAAGUGAACCCCGGCUAACCAUUCCAGAAAUUCAGCAACUCCUUGGCGAUGCAGUCAACAACAUAGUCAAGUACUUCUACAAGUCCGAGCGAGAGAGGGGCAACUUGACGAUCCUGCUUUGUGGAGAGCUGGGCCUCGUUUAUUGCUUAGAACAGGUCUUCCUGUAUGGCUUCAAAGACACGCGCUUCUUCAGGCACGUCUACCUCUGGGAGUACUUUGUGAAAGUCAAGGAGUACUUUGAGUCUGCUCUACAGGACAACAUGGAGGAGGAUCGACCAAACCACGUGUGGCGAUGUUACUGCCACCUUGCAAACAAGGUGGAGCGUGCCUCGCACACCAUGGGCAAGGACGGCAAGUUCCAGCUGUUCAUCUGCCUCGCUGCCAGGGAGCACUUUCUGCACCAGAUGAUGUUCGACUUGGCCGCCUGCCCCGUAACAGCCACGAUGUACGAGGAGAGGUCAUUCCUGCGCGACGCCAACCUCAUCGUCUUCCUCGUGCAAAUCCUUGAGGCCCUCUCCGAGUUCGACAUCGCCCUCGAGAGCUCCAUUACCCGUGGGGUGGACAACUGAGACGAAGUAUCAAUACGCCAUGGCAGCAUUUGAUUCACAGGACGAGCCAACGCAAGCGUACUGGUUCAUUUGAGGAAUCACGGGCGACACGUGACAGCCAUUGGCACUGACAGAAGAUGGCCUGCGGAUUUGGCCAAGCCCACUGAAUCUCCUCUCGGCCAAACGUUGGGCAACGUUGCCUUCAAAUGUCGUGCGCGGCGACGCAAAGUACGACGUUUAACGUCGUUAGUUCCUCUAGCGGGAAAAUUAACUAAUUCCCCAGUGUGCAGUGGUUCCUGCGUGAAAGGAGAAAAAAAUUGUUUUGUUCGUUUCUCGCUCAUAGUUAUACAGACUUCCGUGGCUGUACUUUUCGCGUCUGUGUUGUUUCGUUUUAAGAUUCGUGCAUGUAAUUAGCGGUUCUGUGUGUUCGCCAGGGAAGGUGAUGUCCGUUUUGGAGUGUAGCUGCGACAAAACAAAAAAUCGCUUCGGCGAGGAAAUACUCCCUAAGUGUUCUUGUUUUUCAUCGUUUCAUCAUGUCGUGUCUCCCAUUAUAUUCAGUGUACAUAGCAAAUUAUCAUUCAACCGACCCUUGUAGUAGGCAGGGAGUAACUCCGUGACGAAUUUUUAACGGAACAAGUCAUGACUAAUCUCCCAUUAAGUUUUUGUUCAUGUUACUGCUUGUUAUGUUUGUUCCUUUUUUUUAGUCAUUUUACAUAGCUUCAGAUUAUGCACUACACCACUUCAUUUAGUCAUGCCUCACAGGUGUUUCAGAGUUCAUUGGCUUCAAAACAUUAUUGUGCUCUGUCUAUAUACAUAAUUAAAAUGGUAUUGCCUUGGUGUGACUUGUUGGUUUACUUUGGCAUUGGAAUUAUAGGAAUUCGGCAAUAUCAGGUGGCAAUAUGACCCGGAUGACUUUGAAUCGACAGCUGUAGGGUAUACGUGUGCAGAAGUUCAGUUUCAGUGUGACCAUUCCAUAACUUCUGCAGAACACUGUGCCCGGGCUGUUAAAAAAAAAAAGGCUUAAUUGCGAUCCUUCAAGAUGCAAGUGUAAUCUUUCGGUAUCACAUGCUUUAAGGCAGAUGUGACAGCAUUUUGUGUGUCACUAAAUGUGGUACCGUAUACAUUGUGUGCAUUUUUUAAUAGAAUGUUCAUUCUUGUUGCACAUGACUGAUCAACAGCUGCACGUACCUUCCCUGUUCAGGGUGUUCAUGUGAUGUUCAACCAAUCGCGUGCAGUGUGGAUGAUUGUUCUAUUAUAGAUUGCACAUAAGAUCGCGCCUCUGGAUUGGUAUUUUAUAGUAAUGUUUUUCCCGGUGCAGACCUUUUUUAGGCUUCAGUUAUGUUCAGAAUUACGAUAUGCCCACGUUAUCAACAGGAUCACCUGGCUACUGACCAUUUGACGACAAGACUGAGAUAGAGUUGAGUGUAAUGUAUGACUAUGAUUUACGAGCCCUGGAAAUCUUGUCACUCGUGAAAUCGUGUCUAGAAUAGUUACAAAUCUGUCACUAAAGAAUAGGAUCCGAGCCUACACAGUUAAGUGUACAUACUAAACUUGUCAAAUUUAUUUAAUUCACCGUGUAAGAUGACAUAUCUUGCCUCAAACGGGUGAAAGCAACUAAGUCAGUUAUGGAUCCUAGUUCAAGAGAUUACAAACUCCUCCCUUUUAAUUUUGGCUUCUUAGACUCUUGUUUGAGGAUUGGCUUUGUCUUGUGUGAAUCACUUUUUAAGCCUUCAAUGUUUUAUUGUCUCAUUAAAGUGCCUUGUUUGGUGUUGUCGUUUAUGAUUUAGCCAACGUUCUCAUUUCCAACUGUGUUCAGUGCCAUUACUUAUUAUUCAAGCUUCUUAGUAAGUUCCUUUAUAACAAAUGUUUUAGUUAUUGACCCACGGUAGACAUCAUGUGAGACAUAACGCAAAACGACAUUACAAAUCUGCUUUUAUCAUCAGCAGUUUUGGCUGAAGUUAUACUGCUCUCACAGGAAACGUAACAAAACUGAAUUUGUUUUGUUGAAUCUGUGAACUGACUUGUCAGAGAAUGUCGUACGAAGGAGGUCUACUGUGUUGGUGUUGAGUGUUCCAUGUGUAACUUGUGUUAAAAUGUAUUCUUAUUGUAUGACAUAGUAUUGCUCACUCCUUUUGUUAAUGAAAACUUGUGACCCAGUGUACUGUGUCAAUGUUUAGUUUUCUAGUCUUGGUGAGGGAGCUGGCUGCAAGACAGUUAAUAGAAGUGCCAGUUAUAACUGCAAGUACACGUGUUCCGUACUGCUGUUUUACUCCCUCAUAGGUGUAAUCCUAACUUUCUCCUUACAUUUUAAAAACGGGUGUUCGAUAUGGGAGUGUAUUUGCGACAUACAAUCAUUGUCUGUCACGCCCACUUUUUGUUUGCGUUAACGCAGCACACUUGAUAUUUUCAUUUUAGGAACUCUGUACGCUAUUAGGUUUACAUAGCACUAGUAACACGAACUUUUCAAGCACUGAGUUUCUACACUUUUAAGAAAUAAUGGUGUAUUUGGGGAGUACUUCUGCAACUCAAUAAUAAUCGUCGUCUGACUUGCUUGCCUUUCCUUUCUUGAAAAGCCGGCACUGGCCACUUUCCUGUCAAGAAUGUUAUGUCUAACUGAUAACACUCGUACCGUUUGUGACCGGGAACUCUCGGAACCGUGGUAAUAAAGCGAGAAAAGUAUGCGAAGCAGAUGACGAUUAUUGUUGUGUGGUACAAAUACUCCCCAAAUACUCCUUAUGUUUUCCUAAAGUGUAAGGAAGUGAGUGCAAGUUAGACAUCUUUGUGUGACAGAGACUUCCGAAAAGUUGAAACUCUCUUAAAAAGAGCUAUGAUAUACGUGAGUAUGCGCCACUGUUUAAAGAAUCGUUAAGCUUACCUAGUUUUCAGAACAAAUAUUAGAUAACUCAGCAUACGCUUGUGUCUACAUUGUUGCUAGACACAACCAGAUGGCACUUGGGCCUAGAAAGCCACAGGGAACAUUAAAUGUUACUUUUAGCUGUAGUGCAGUAAUUAUAACAUAAAUUGAAUUGUAUUAAUGGGAAAAAAUGCCCCUUCCGGAAGUCUGUGAUAUUCGAACCUACAACCUUCCAAAUACGCCUUCGAUAUUCUACCGCUUGAACUACGAUGGAAAGCACUUCCAUGCCCACCUUGUUUGGUAUUUACCUGAAAUUUAGGUGUUGUUAGCCAGUGCUGCUCAUAUCCAAGGUAGCGAGUUUCGGAACACUCUUUUCUGCUAGGGGGCAUCGCGUGGUGCAUUAUCUUUGUACGAGGCAGCAGCUGACCAAUAAACACUUUCAUGCUAACCCAAGGCAUUAAGCUUGUAGUGGCAGGGUCCUCGCAGUGAACAAAGGAUGAGAAAUUUUUGCAGUGUUGCUCUCAUUUAAGAAUAGGCUAGCUUUUACAACCAGUGUUCUUUUUUUUUUGCUUGGUGUGAUGAUUCACUGUAUUUCAGAAUUUUCUCUCAAAGCUUUUUGUUCGGGAUGCCCCUUUGUUCUUACUAUCAAGUAUGCUCAGAACUAAGAGUGCGUUUUUUUUAUGGUGUAUUCAAUUACUCCUGGAAGGUAAUAAUAGCACUCUGAGCAAACAGUUUACAGUACAUAAAGCUACCUGUUCUUGCGUUACCUUUUAUGAACAUGUGAACUGAUACAUGAUAUAUUUUCUAUCUACAUAUAUUUCUUGUAUUGUAUAUUUCCCAUAUCAUAUAUUUCACGUAUCGCAUAUUUCUCGCAUCAUAUAUUUCUUGCUCUUUGUCACCAGAAUGGCGCAUGACAUGCGAACCUAACAUGCAAACCUGUUAAUGUGUGUUUGCCCAUUUACAUUGGCUAGCUGCUUCGUGCCAUCGCCUGCUUGGCACCGAGCUUCUUGCAGCCCUCCUGCCUUACCAAGACUGUCAAUUUAUUUAGCAAACACUCUAGCUUUGCCCAGUACUAUUUAAUUUUCGGUUUUACAGCAGCUCAGAUGUCUCGCUAUCCCUCCUGGCCCCUUGCCUCUAUUUUUUUAUCUUAUUUUUCAGUUUAACAGUAUGUCGCACUCUUUUCAAAGCUGAAAAAUUUCUACAGAGACCACGGCGUGCCUUUUGUGUGAAGCGUGACACACUUGUGUUUCAGCUUGUUGAGCGGAGUAGCACUGCCGACAGCUGAAAGUUAAAGCCUCUUGCAAACAUUGGCCAUAUUUAUCCUCCUCACUGCAGCAUAUUGCAACAUCAUAGUUCCUCGCCAAGACGAAUGCAAAGUGUGUUGGGAUUAUGUCUGCAAAAGAGCGUGCGUUGUAACAGUGAGGGCCCACGUGCUUUUGCUCUGGCGUUCCUUUUGUCAAGCUUGUCAAACGUUUUGGAAGCUAUGCCUUUGGAAAGAAUUUAGUUGUGCGUUUAAGAUAAUCCAGUCAGCUCAAAGUUAUCCAGCUUUCACCAUUGUCUUAUUUUUAGUUUUUUCCCGCAUUAGCUGCUGAUAGAGUAUCAUCUGUAAAAAAGUGAUAGCUAACCAGGAUGUCGUGCUCACUGCUGUUUUCUCUUCGUAUCAGGCUAUGUGGUUACUUUUUAAAGAACAAUGUAUAAAGUUUAAUUAUCAUUAAAUUCAUGUAGCAUUAUGUCAUGUAUAGGAAAGUAGUACCUGGGAUUUUGUGACGAUUUUCUUUUUCAGAUGAAUUUUGUAGGCAUGCUUGUAUAAUCUGGCCUUGUGUGUGUGUGUUUGUGUGUUCAUCGCGUGUUGCAUGUUGUUCAUCGCUUCUCACAAUUUAAAUGCCAGAGCAUCAACUUCCUACUUGAUACAGCUAUUUUUUAAAUUUUUUUAGUUAAUGUGAAGUUCCAAAGUUGUUUAAGGAGGAAAACGUUAUUCUGCAUACUACGUUUACGUUUGUAUUGCUGGAAUUUUGCCUUACGUGGGGCAUUGUUUUAUUACCCUUUCUUGGCUGUUUUGUUGAACAUGCCAGCGGUUGGGUUGGUUAUCUUGUGCAGUUACAUUAGCCAUUUGGUCUUUGUAGAGUUGCCUGUCUUGGCAAAGCUAAUUAAAGAUGUCAUCUAUCUUUGUAGCCCAAAUCUACAGUAUAAUGGUAUACGUGUACAGUAUAAUGAUAUACGCAGGGCGUGUUAGCGAAAUACCAGGUUACUCGAUUCUCAUAGCACCUUGAGAUGCUUGAUCUAACCACUAUUAUAGACAAAUUCUCAGUCCGCGCAGUGGUAUAGUGGUCACAGCGCUCGGAUGCUGAUCCAAAGUCCUGGCCGUGGAAGGUGCGUCAAAUUAGAGGCCAUAUGUCGAAGGCUCGUGUAUUAUGCAAUGCCAGUACACAUAAAAACACCAAAGCCCUUCACUCGUAAUUUUGUUGUAGUUUUAGCAUGUAAAACCUCACAAAUUAUUAUCAGAGACAAGUUCUUUUGUAUUUGACAAGUAUUGUUGAGAAAAAAGAUUUAUUUGAGAGGACAAUGAGUUCACGAUUACGCCACUGCCGAAAAUCGCAAAGUGGCAUCCAUUCCAGUACGGCAGUAGGAAGUAUGGUAGUCUCGUUGAGCUCCACACCAUGAGAGGGCAUGACCACAUUGGUCUUUCUGAAGCUCCUGUGAAAUAGCUUAUGUAGUGACACGUCAGUGUACAGGCACUUCCUCUCCUGUGCACUUUGUAGAUUGCAAGUGAAGUUAGUUGAGCAACGAAGCUCGUGUAUUGACUGAAGAAAGGGGCUUGUGCGAUUCUUCCACUAAAGCGCCCAAGGGCACUGCUGUUCUAAGAGAUGCAAAAGAAAAAGUUCUGCGAGACAAAGAGUGUAAAAAAUGGCAAUAAAUACAAUGUAACGUAUACGGAAGCAAGUGGCAUAUUAUUAUUGUGUCUGACAGUAUGAAAAUAUGCGGUACAUAAUCGGUUAGUGCGUGAAAGUGCUCGCUUCUGAUGGCAGCAGCACUGCAGACUUGACGGCGCUGGGAAAUCAGCAGUUUUUAAGAGUGGCGCGCUAGCCUUUUAGAUUUUGUGAGCACCAUCUUGUUUGUCCACAUCUAGACUGUUCGGACUGUGGUUCCGGAUGCUUCGUUAUGCCAACCUGCUGUGCCAGUGAUGCAAGUGAAACAGCAGGCACGAGAGCAAAAAAAAAAAACGGCGUUUUCACUGAAGUGGAAAAAAUGUGUAGUUUUCUACAAAAAAUGCGCAGCUGCUAGGAGAAGAGGCGGAGGUAAAAAGACUGCUUUGUAUUUUUCAGGGGCUUUAUUUCUUUAGUGUUUCAUGCUCUUUACUGACCCGGUAUUUUGCCGGUCUGUUUUCGUACACCAGAUACAUCAAAAGCCUUAAUUGUCAUCGCAUGUUCUUUUGCGUCUUUAACUAUAAAGUCAUAUUGCAAAAUCCAACUUGCAUCUUGUGUAUGGUUUGUCGACAUGUUGCUCAGUUGGUAGGCACAAAUGGCAUAGGAAAUGUUAUUCAUCACUGUAUGGGGAUGUCCGAGUCAUCUGUCAUUUGCCGUCGACAAAAAUCUCAGGCAAACGAAGUACAAUAUUCUCCUUUCUUUUCUCCUUUUAGACUGCCUUGCGUGAAUGCAGAUAUUUAGAAUUGUUUUUACCAGUUUAAGGUGUGUUCAUGGUUCGUUCCUCCUUUUUUUCUGGUGGCUCAGCCAUAGAGAAGAUGCUCUUUCCUUUAAUCAUUUUCUUACCCGCUUAGCACCUUUUCAUGCUCUCAUUGUAUUUCUGUUAAACGUGUUUAUGUCUCACGUUUUCUGCAAAUGAAAAGCAUGAUCUGAUUAUGCUGACAAGGUGGAGAAAAGAACAAUGGUGCAUUUUUCAGCAAUCUGAAUUAUUUUGUUUUGAGGCUCCUGGAUUCUGACGGUUUCAUGUAAUGUGUGUGAUAUAGUGUGUGUGUGUAAAGACACCUGGCCCUUGGGAACCAUGAACUCGUGAAGGCGUUGAAACUGCUAUAAUGACAUGUGCACAAGGUUUUCUAGAUUUUUAAUAUGCUCAGUUCCUGAGUACUAGCUCAAUGUGUUUCGAUAAUGUGUUUUAGCUGAGGAAACUGUACAAGCUGGAAGCUCAAAGACUGUAAAAAAGUUGCCUUUCCAACAACAGAUUUCUCACAGGAGAGGAGUGCAGUGUCUAUACUGUAAAUUAGCGUGUGCUAAAGGCAAAUGAUAUUGAGGACUUCUGAAAUCGCUCUAGUAAUGAAGAGCUGCUAAUGCCAUCUAAUUAGUGAGGCUUGCUAAAUACUUGUAGUAUGGAGUGUUCCUUAACCCAUUUAUUGGUAAAUAUUUGUUAAAAGCUGCUGAUCAUGAUGUGUCACUAAAACUGCCUAAAGCGAAAGCUUGCUAAAACUCUCUAAUUAUGUAGAGUCGUUUGCUAAAGCCACCUAGUAAUGGUGACUAGGUAAUAAAGUUACCCAGUAAUGUGGAGUUGCUGAAAUCAUCUAAAUGAGACUUGCUCAGACCCUCGUAGUAGACAGUUGCUGGAAAUGUCUAAUAUUAUAUAAUUGCUCCUAUCUAAUAAUGGAGACCUUUAACACAGUUGCUAGAACCAUCUAGUUAUAAAGGCUUGCUAAAGAUCACUUUGUAGAAUUGCUGAAAGCAUGUAUAAUAAACAGUCGCUAAACAACUGCUAAAACUUUCUAAAAAGGGAAAAUUGCCGCGACACUUAUUUAACGGAGUAUUUGUUUAAAGUUAGCCUUAGUAAGCUUGGGCAUUUGCAACAGUCUCCAUGCAGCUGUGGAGCAUGGUCGCAUAUUGUGAAAUGCUAUUUGCUAAAAACAAUGGAGUACUGCUAAAACUUCUGUUGAAGAACUUUAACCUGUAUACAUAACUUUGUGGAAUAGUAUAGAUUUUAACUGGAACAGCAGCUCUAGGAGUAAUGCCUGGUAAUGCUGCACGCAACCAUAACAGUCACAGUGUUCACUUGAAUGAAUAACAAUCUUCUACUUAGCUGCUGGCAUAUAUAUGCUAGCUACGACAUGUUCUUUGUGUGGUUAUCUAUUGCUUUUAUAUAGCAAAGUAUUUAUCGGUGAAUAGAAAAUUGCACGCUAGCCAAGUGGCAUCAUUUCUGAAAAGACGUUUUUUUGCUUGUGCAGUGUUGUUAUGCCUCCACCCAAGUUCAUUUGGACAUUUCACCUGGAUUUGGGUAUUGAGUAAAAGUUUGUAAAAUGCCACCUAAAUGGCGCUUUAUGCCAUUUUAUGAUAAUAAUGUGAAAGAGCGAUGGGGCAAAGCUUUAGGUUUUGUGGCAAAUCUGAAAAGUAUGUUGAACUAUCCUCAAGCAAGUAAGUUUGGGGGCAAAUAUCUUACUUUGCUUGCAUGGAUUAGCAUGCACAUGGAAUCAUGGAAACUUAAGAGCAUUCAUGGCUUUGAAAAGUUAGUUUCUAUUUGGAUUGAAAAGCAUCAAACACCCUAAUUUUCGUGCCUUUAAACAUAGUGCAAUGGAACACGCUUUUUGUCGGUUAAGAAACUGUGAAGUCUGUUCACACUUUUAGCGUUGCCGAUCAAAUUGUUAUUGUUUGUUUGCUGACACACUGAUGCAAUUUUGGUGCUCUGUUAUUGUGAUUUGUCUGCACUCUGUCGCACAUUAUCUUGCAUCACAGAGCUACACCGUCUGUUUCAACUGGCUCUUGAGUAGUUUCUGCUGCUCACUUGUGAAGGAUCUUCAUCAAUGCACAAUGAAAAACAAAUAGUUCCAUUUUUCUCCGUCACUGCAUCAACGGAAACUGCACAAGAUGUGUGCCCACUCAAAAAUUCUCUGCCUUUUGCUUCUUACAAGUACUCGAAACCCCCAUGCUAGCAGUCAAUAACGCCAGUGAGAUAUCUUUUUUUUUUUUACUCUGAAUUUGUGGCAACAUUUUCACUAGCCAAGUAUUUCAAAUGACGGUAUUCAAGCACUAACAUGGCAAUUUGAAACACGAAUGAUAAAGCUAGCAAUCGCUGUAGAUCUUUCAAAUAAUUUCUUAUCUGAACACAUCCGUACACUAUCUGAGAAUAAAAAUUCUAAAUCUGUGUGCAUAAUUAAGUUGAACAUUUCGCUCCUUACAUUUAUAUGUCGGAAUAGUGGACAUCGCAGGUUAUUAUUACAUUGUUUAAAUCUGCGUAACUGAAUUGUGCAAGCUACUGCAACCUAAUUUUUAUAUUCGUACUAAUAUGACUUUUAUAAAAAUGUAACACGGGUCAUAAUCCAUAACAAGCAAAACUUUUCAUGUUUGAAAAAUAGUUCUGUCAUCUCGGUUCAUUUUUCGUGUCCCAGGUGCGUUUAGAAAUUGCGCGCUGCCUUUAGUCUUGCUUAGACGGAACGUUAGAGUUACAAAAAUCAUUUUACAUUAUACCAUUCUUGUCCUCAAAAUACAUUGCAUAAGUAUCUCAUGAUGUUGGUAACGUGUCUGCCUGCUCUCGCAAUGACACAUAUUAGUGUACAUAACACGCGAAACAAAUCUAUAUUUUUAUCUGUCAGUCCCCAGAAUAGUAUCUAUAUGUAGCAUGCUUCUUACAUUGUGUGCAUGUUGAUUGAUCCUGGUCAUCUUUAUCUGCCGAAGCAAAGGAGAUAUUGCCCCUCUGGGAUGUUCUCAUCAGUUACAUUGAUACACGCCACAUCUGUGUGUACAAUGAUAUGUGUGUGUUUGUUUUCUCAUCAUGUACAUAUGUACAUAGCCCAGUUUUUUGUUACUCAAGAAAAGGAGAGUUUGGCUAAGGCUUGUGUGCGGAUUGUGAAAUGCUUGUGUGUGUACGGUUGCGCAAGCAGAGCGGGGCGUGUUAGUGUUGCUUCUGUGUUGCUAUGUCAUGCUAAAGAGAGGUGUCAUGUUCGUUGACCUUUGUGAAUAAUGGUGUUUCACUUGUGAGUGUUCGGAGAAGAACGUGAAUGCUGCCUUCUUUUUCUCGGAAUGUGAAGGAAUGCAAAUUAAAUAUGUGCUGCAGAAGGAAACCUUGAGCAAUCAUUUGUCCCGAGUGGGAAUUCGGAGUUUCCAGUGAGCCAGCAUCAAUGGGCGUCCAGCAGUUACACUGGCAAAUACAGUUAACAUCUUUAUAAGAGGCACUGAAUUAAGAGACAAAUGAGUAUAUGAGACAACAGUGUGCCUGUGUUGAAAUAAGGGGUUAAGAAAAUGCAUACAUGGUACUCUGCUUAUAAGAGACACCUCACAUAUAAGACAAGAUUUACUCCACACUGCAUGUCUCUUAUGAAGGGGUUCAACUAUACAUUUCCACAGUUUACCACACAUGAUAUGGCUUUCGUAUGUAUGUAAUAGAUCAUUGGCUGCAAUAUAAGAGAUGUGGAUAUAAAAUAUCAGAUAGAAUAAAAUACAGUUUACACUCUUUAUAUAAGAGUAAUAAAUACAUACUGUUUGAAUAAAACACUUUUGUUGUUGUUUAAUAUUUCUUUAAACAUGUAACCAUUCCAUUCUGGUACCUGCAAAAACAGGACAGAUUAAUGUUGUUGAAUUCGAGAAUCCUUUGUGUUGAAGUGUAAUAAGAGAUACAAACUUUGGGCAUUUUUUUGCCGAUACUGGCAUGUACGCAUGAUGAAGUGCUAGAGGAAUUAAGAUGUUUUUGUGUAGAAUAUGAGUUUUUUAUAAUAAUUACGUGCUAACUUCAAAUACGAUAUUACAGUCAUUAGCUCAUCAUUUUUUGUGUUCACACCAAGUGCAUAGUACUACCUUACCAUCAGGUCUGUAAGAAAGACUGGAAAUUGAUACUGCUUCUUUAAGCCCCCCCUUUUUUUUUAAUAUUUGGAAAACAAAGUGUGCUGUGAACUUGGCGGCUUUUUAUAUUGAAUAAAAAACUAAGACAAGUGAAAA